UUUCAUGUUUACAUAUAAAUUUGGGGCUAACAACUGGAGAUCCCGGGGGCCAGAUGGAGCUGAGGCCUAGCGUUACAACCAAGGGGGUCACAGAAUUUCCUCCCCAGAGUUCGUGACACAAAGAAGGAGUCCCCAGGAUGAAAGGAACAGGAGUGUAGGUGUAAGAAUCAAGGGAGAGGUAAAGGGAGGAGGGAUAGAAAAGACAGAAAGAGAGAGAUUGCCGUUUCAACCUGCCCCCAGCAGGUGUCUAUGUAGGCACCAGUCUGCGCACCUUCAGAAAGGGCCAGUGAAGGAGGCAGCACCCUGUCCACUGCCCACUGGGGUGAUUAAUCCUGGGAAACAACCAUUUGUACGUCUCUGUGGGAUUCUGAUCCACAGGUGGGACUUCUAUGCAUGCGUACACUUUGUACAUCAUAUGUAGGACUCUAACCCACAGGUAGGAUUUGCACCCACAGGUUUUUAUAGAAAUCUGCCUUGGCCCGUUCCUGAUGGGACUUCUCUUGGUGGCAGGAAAAUAAAGGUGAGGAUAUUGUGAUGAUUGGACUUGCAAAAACUACAGGAUAUGAGGGUUGAACCUCUAUCACUCUCAGAAAUCUCCUGUCCGGGAGAGCCUGCUGGACCAAGAUCUGCACUGCUUGAGGCGAGCCUCUCCCACCUCUGUUUGUCAUCCAUCAAGGUGAGUCGUUGUUGGCCAGAGGGAGCAUGGUCUCACAAGCUGAGAGGAGUGCUGCUGUAGCUGCCCGAUGUCCACUCUCUUGGAACAAGAGGACAGAGAAAGGGGAAGUAGAGAGCUAUCAGGAGAGGGAAAGGGAAAACCAUGAGGGAAAAAGAACAAAGGGGAGGGGGAAAGCGUUGCCUGAAUGAUGGUACUGAGACUCUCAGGGGCCAGGAAGGCAGACUUACCAAACGUGAUUAUGCUGAAACGAGGUUCAGGCGGCAGCUUGUCACCUACGGGGAAACUGCGUUUGUUGGUUCCAGAGGUGCCUGGAUUCUCUCCCAGGGAGGGGGCAGAAGUCCCCAUAGGUGUCUGGUGGAGUUGCCACCAAGUACGUUACCGACCCAGAUUCUUGGACUCUUCAGUGAACAGAAAUUGAUAAGAGGGCAGACAAGAAAUUCAGGCAAGGCUUUACUGGGACUCAUGCUGCAGCACAAGGGAGCAGAAACAAACAACAGGUUGCCUUGCUUGCUCCCUGAAGCGGGGGUGGGGGGUGAGUUGGUCCUUUAAAUGGGGUGAGGGUAGGGUCAGAUCCAUGGUUCAGGCGGUAGGGGUGGCUUAGGUGGUCUGCCCACUCUCUUGGUGGUGUCGUGGGCAGGAAUCGUGAGAAGUGCACUCCUUUUGCUCCCAACACUUCAGAAGUGGCAGUUGGGUUUUUGGUCUUUUUGUAUCUUGUUCAUAAUUUGCCCCAGUUGCAGGUGCGUAGUUAUUUUUAGUCCCUUAUAGUUUCUUGUAUUCUGUUGCUCCAGGAGUUGUUUGUCCAGGUGUAAGCACUGCAGCAAAAGGUGCCAGGUCCCACCCUGUCUCACUAGUUCUUGCUGUGUGGCCUUGGACACCUUCCUGGAAGUCUCAAAACCUAUUUAUUUUAAGGAUGCUGUGGUGAGGAUUAAAGGUGGUUUCCAUGUGACUGAGUGGAUUCUGUAGGGCCUUUGGGGAUACUGACAUGCAUAGUACAGUUAACCCUUGAAUAACACCAGCUUGAGCUGUAUAGGAUCCACUUACAUGUGAUUUUUUUCAAUAAAUAGUACUACAGUACUACAGGAUCCCUGGUUUGUUGAAUCUGCAGAUGCGGAACCAUGGUUACAGAGGGUGGGUGAACUGUAAAGUUAUAUGUGGAUUUUCCAUUGCACAGAGGGUUGGGAUCCCUAACCCCUAGUUAUUCAAGGGUCAACUGUAUAUUCUGGAUGAUAUAAUUUCUGGGCUAAAUGCUAUGAAAAAAAUAAAAUUGGGUGAUGUAGAAAAGAACGUGAGCAGAAGGCCUCACUGAGGGGGUGACAUUUGAGCUAAAUGACAGGGAGCCAGCCAUGGGAACAUCUAGGGAAGAGCAUUCCAGGUGGGAACAGCCAGUGCAAAGGCCCUGAGGUGGGAACAAGCUUGCGUUUGAGGAAUAUCAAGAAGGAUACAGCAGAGUGAUGGAUUUCAGAUGUUUAAGAAGUAGCUCCUAUUGUCUUGCUUUGUCCCAUUUGGGAAGGAGGGGCACAGGGGUCCAACAGCAGAGGGUGGGUCCUAAGCUGGACCACUCCCUCUCUUUAAGGGCAGGUGGUGCCAUGCAUCCUCACAUGAACUUGUGUGACCUCUGUUCCCUUAUGGAGAGAGGAAGGAGGAUCAAAACUUUGCAUUGGGCUAAGUGCUUCAGACAUGUGCUUAUAUUUCCAUUCUCAUGUGCACUGUGCCAGGUAGGAACCAUUGUUAUUCCUGCUUUACAGAUGAGAAAACUGAGGUCUGAAAGGGAGCAUUCCUUUACCCAAAGUUGUAAACUUAGUAAUAGAAGUAUCAACCUUCAACCUAUGUUCCUCCACUGACCAGCAUGGGUACCUGCAGGUAUUGGGGGUGUCUCUGUCCCCUGUGGGGGCUCUCAGAGCCCUCAGGGCACUGGGCUCCAGUUGUUCAUCACUCCUAAUCCGUGAUGCCAGCAGAUCAGUGGUGGGUGCUUGUCCCACAUUUGCUAGAUGAACCCGCUGUGGGUAGGGGUCUUCAGGGGGUGGAGGGGUGGAGAUGCACAGGGCUCCCUUGCAUGGUCUUGCCAUGUGGGACAUCACUGGAGGUGAGCCUGAGGAGGCUUGUCUGGAUGAAGACACCAAGGCCCUGCAGACAUGAGUAGCAGGGUUCCCAGGGUACAUGCACUACUGGAGGUGUGCUCUUGCCUGGGCUCCAUCACCAGGUAGCUCGUCUAGGCUGGUCCAUGUGGGUCACUCUGCUCCUUCCCAUGGCUGGGAGGUGCCCCCUCUAAAUAUAGCCCAGUGUGCUGAGCUCACGCCUAUUUUCAGCCCAGGUUGGGAGGCAGCCAGGCCUUCCCCAGGCUCUCAGCGGAGCCACUGCUGCCUCUAUCUGGUCCUGGUACUAGGCACUCCCAUCGACCCCCUGCCUGCCCAACACCCACCAUGCCAGAGGAGGCCCAAGAAGUUGGUUUUAGGGGAUCAGGAGCCAAAUGCCCCUUCUACCUCUUCUGAGCCCCUGCUGCCGCUGGACACCAUCUAGAAGGGAGGGCAUGACCCGCUGGCUGAAUCAGCCCCACGCUGCCCCUGCAGACACCGUGGCACCAACAAGGAGCAGGGCACCACUGGCUCCUAAUCAUGUGCAGGAGGUUCGCCUACACCGGGUGGAGUCCAUCAGCGAUCUGCACAGUGGAGGUUCACUGUGGCCCUACCUGGCCGAGGAGGCGCAGCCAUGGGGUGAGCUGCUGGGCAUCCUGCCUCCAUCGAUGUGCGCCCAGACCGGCUGCAGCCCCGCGCACAGCCGCGGCAGCUUCCUGCUGCUGCUGGCGCUGCUGGUGCUCACCUGCCUGGCACUGGCCGUCCUGGCCGUCUACCUGAGUGUGCUGCAGAGCGAAUCCCUACGCGUGCUGGUGCACACACUGCGAACGCAGGAGGAAAUGCUGCUCAAACUCCGGCUCGCCAGCCUCAGCCAGCUGCGGAGGCUCAACUCGACUGAGGCCCGAGCACCCAGUUGAGAUGCCACUUGGACCUGGGGCCUGGGGGUAUGUGUAGGGGGGAAUAAAGUGGCCAUUGGUAGCUUUCCCCUCUCCCACUACUGCUCCACAUUACUUCCUUGGUGAGGUUUUCAUAUAAGAGCCUGAUCUGACCCCGCAGCUGCCUGCCUUUCUUGCCUUCUCCAGAUAGCAGGUUCAGAAGUCUAAAAAUAGCUGCCCACCCUGGUCACCCAAACUCUGCCAGGCCUCCCAGUGGGGGGUCCAGCCUCAGCUCUCAAAAGACAGGCUGGGCUCUGAGUAGGGGGAGGAGGGCCCCUGGGGAGAGAUUAUUUUGGAGGGCAAAGGUGAGAUGGAGAUAGGGAGGCCCAGCUGGGCCCAAGCCUGGGUUGGUGGAUAGGGAGGGCAGGCAGAAACACCCAGAAGCCAGGGCCACAGAAGGCUGCACAUUGUUUAAUUAAUUAUCUCUAAAAUCUUUAAAACUCAGCAUAUAAAUCCACUCCAGGUAGCCUCACCUCCCCACAUGUUGUAGUGGCAGUUGUCCAGAUACUAUCACCACCCCCGCCCCAAAAGUGGGUCAUCCCAGGGGAGCAAGGCCUGAGAAAGGGACAGCCCUCUUCUGCCUGCCCCACAGCCCUGAGACAGGGCAGGAAGUGGCCACAGGGCUGGCGCAGGGGCAAAGCACGAAGGUCCCAAGUGGCCUGGCCUCCAGCCACCCACCCCCAUGUCUGUUUUUGGUUUUGUCAUUAAAAAAAUAAAGCGACAAUGCCUGGCAGG